AUGGGAGUACGAAUAUAUGUCUGGCUAUUGUUUACAAUGAUGACUGUAUUCUGGAUUGUGCUGUUAACAAUAUUUCUUGGUAAUGUUUCCAGUCAAUCUGUUAUGCAGCGGAUUAACGCCAGCGGAUAUGGCAAACAUCAGUUGUUAACCAAGGAACUGAGGCCUGGAGCAAUGAACGGGUUCACAGCAAACAUUUCUGAGAAAGGUCAAUAUUUGUAUCAGUUGAUGAAAGCAGCUUGGCCUCUGAAAGCUUUACCAGGAGACGAAGGAUUCGGCGGGGCUGGUGUUUUUAUCAACAGAAGUCUGCUCAAGGAAAGAGAAAAAGUAAUCUAUGACAAGGGUUUGGAAAAUUUCGGCGUCAAUAUGUUGGCCAAUGAGAGGAUCCCUGUGCGAAGAAACAUCACCUUGGAUAUGCCAGAAUGCAAGAACCUAACAUACGAUACAGCAGCUCUGCCGACAGCUGGUAUAGUUCUCAUCUUUACAGAUGAAAUGUGGUCAGCGCUGAUGAGAACUAUUUUCAGUAUUCUGGAUGCUGGUCCGGAAGAGCUGAUCUCUGAGAUUAUUCUUGUAGACGACGCUUCUCAGAAAGAUCAUCUCGGCAUGCCACUAGAUGAUUACAUUCGGAUCUUCGGUGGAAAAGUCAAAUUAGUUCGUCUCCCAGAAAGAAAAGGUCUGAUGGUUGCCCGUAAUGUUGGCUCACAGCAUGUAACAGGAAAAGUUGUCGUCUUCCUCGAUGGACACUCUGAAGUCCAAAAAGGUUGGCUCGAACCGCUUCUCCAUAGAAUCAAGGAGGAUGAUUCUGUCAUAGCUAUACCACAAACUGAUGUUCUCGACCACAAUACAUUUCAUUAUCAGUUUAUUAAAAACAGUCAACAAUACAUGUGCGGCUUUGAAUUUGACAUGCGUUUCAAGUGGAUUCCCAUUCCUCCUCCUGAUGGAAUCAAAAGGAAAAGUUUGGCUGACCCUGUCCGGACACCAAUUCAUAUGGGCUGCUGCUUGGCUGCGUCUAAAUCCAACUUUGAAAGACUUGGUCGAUAUGACCCAGGACAGGAAAUAUGGGGGUGUGAAAAUCUGGAAUUUUCAUUUAAGACAUGGAUGUGUGGGAGUCGAUUGGAGAUAAUUCCAUGUUCACACAUAGCCCAUAUGUUUAGACCCCAUUUUCCAUACAAAUGGGUCGGGAAACCUUACAUAUUUGAAAGAAAUUGUCUUCGUGUGGCCGAGGUUUGGAUGGACCAGUAUAAAGUGUUUUACCAGCACAGGGUUUCUAACUUACAGGUCAGUAUCUAUAUUCUCUCUCGUUAG